AAAUUCCACGGACAAAGGUUGGAAUAGGAGGCACAUAGCAACGCGUCGUUGGCAUAGAAACCUAAUCAGCUUCAGUUCAUUGGGCGUUAAACACUUUUCAAAUCUUUGUCGCUGUAGUUUCGAACCAGCCAAUCAGAAGCAAAACAGAGGCGCGAGGGCGGGAUUUAGCGCGUCAGACUCGUCUCCGAUUGGCGGCUAUUGUUGUCCAUGCGAAAGUCUACCGGGUACUGCAAACACAACAUCACACAGGGGACGCAACGUUGCAUACUUGUAUCAAGACAAAUAAAGAUCGCCCUACUGAAUUAAAGGGAUGAAAACACGGUCCUCCUCGCCGCCCGUCCAUGUUCAUGUCCCAGACUCAACAUCUGUGCAUGUCCACCUGAAGAAGAGUCCACAGAAAAGCCAGGGGAAAGUGAGUAAUUUACGAUCCACUGCGAGUGUAAAGGUCAGAGCUCCCUGGGUUCCUCCCGGAAAGGCUUCAAGACGCUGUACUUAUUUCCAUCAGGGGGCUACUCGCUGCUUAGAGAUCACCCCGGGACGGGCCACUGACCCUUCUUCACCUCCUCUGCAGCUCACUGACCUGUCCAGUGAAGAGGAUGAUGCAAGAGGAGUAAUCGACAAAUAUGAGAGAAAAAUUGAAAGUCUAAUGUCAGAGGUUGACUGUAUAAAAAGUGAGGUGAAGUUACGGGAGGCAGAGGACCACUUAAAGCACCAGUCACAGCAGUUGAGCGCCUGUCGGCGUUUGAUUGAUCAGCGCGAGGAAAGACUUGAAGAAGCCAGCAAGUACUUGAGGAGGUCAAAGCGUGAGAAUGCAGACCUGCGUAGCUCUGUAGACGGGACGCAGGCUGAGUCUGGACAUGUGAGAUCAGAAAUAGGACCUCCCCAUCAGGAGAUAGAAACUCUGCUGAGGAAACUGGUGGAAGCUGAGAUAGACGGCCAGGCUGUAGCCAAACAUGUGACAGCACUGAGGGAAACUGUGGGCAAACUUAAGAAGGACAAAAAACAGUCAAAGACGCAGUCUGAUCAGUUGGGGCGUCAACAUGAUCUACUAGAGCAAAAGUUGGACACGUUUGUGGAGACAAACCGCACUCUCAGACGGCUUUUGAGGGAACAGCAUGGACGGGAGACAGAUGCACUGAGGUUGUCUGAUGAGAAGGAGAUGCUAAUGAGAAAACUUGCUGAAUCUGAGGCUGAGAAAAGGAAGCUUGAGACUAAACUCAACCACAGGGACAGAGAGGCCAAUGAGAUGGCUGAGAAUUUGGAAAAUGAAAAGGAUCAUCUGAGGACUGCAGGAGAGCUGUCAAAGGUUCUUGAAUCCACCCGCAGUCGCUUGCAGAAUCAGCUGCACAAGAAAGAAGCUGAGAAUAACCGGCUGGGGGCUCAGAUUCAAAGGCUGGAGGAGACACUGCAGCAUCAGCAGGAGGAGGUGCAAGGUCUGCUGGAGCAGAUGAGAGAGCUGAAGCAGCAUCGUGAAGGAGACAGAGACGUCCACAAACAGACCUUGGAGGAGCAGAAGAAACAGGCUGAACAAAGUGUGAAUACAGCUGCACAGCUCUCUGCAGAACUCCUGGACAAGGAGGCUCAGUUAGCAGAGGCUCUCUCCGCUGCUGAGGAGCUGCGGCAGCGUUACUCCAAACAGAAUAGAGAGAAAAGCCAGCUGGAGUUGGAGAUCACCACCUUAAAUAAUCGCCUCAUUGAGUUGAGCGAACAUCUGCGCAGUUGUGAGGAGAAGUCCUGCGCAGAGAGAGAGGGGCUUCUCAGCCGUCUGCACUUCUACACCUCAGAGAACACGGCCACCAGACUGGAAAACCAGAGACUCAAGAGCACUCUGUCAGCCACAGAGGACAGACUGUCUUUGUCUCAGACGGAAGUGCAGCAGCUGAAGAUUUCUCUCAGAGACUUUGAGAGCCUGGUGGAGGGUUACAAGAGUCAGUUGCAAAAGACACGUUUGGAGUCAGAGGAGUACACUUUGAGGCUGGAGAUGGUGGAGAAGGAAGCACAGAGUGACCGCGAGGAGAUGGAAAGAGAGGUGGAACAGAGCCGCAAGCAGCUCCAUGCUCGGGUGAAGGAAAUGGAGAUGCUGCGUGAAGCUCUGAGGCGCUUGGAGAACGAGCUCAGGGAGGCCAGAGAGAACAUGCACAUCCAGGAAAGGAGAAACACAGAGCACAACAGCACUCUGUCUGAGCUCAGAGUCAAGAUGGAGCAGCAGAGUUGUAAAAUAGAGAAUCUCCAGGAGAAGAACUUAUUUCUACUUGAAGAAAACAUGCAGUUGAAACGCUCCAUGGAAGGCACUGAAAGGAAGAUGGAGGAUGUGAGCACUCAGAACAGGGAUCUGCUUCAGGUCGUUGCUAAGCAUGAAGAGACCAUCCACAACACGCAGCUGCGUCUGGAGGAGAGGAGCCGAGAGUGUGACUCCCUCUACAGACAGCUGGAGCAGGCCAGGGAGGAGGCGCAGAGACAGGUGGACCAGAGCCUGGAGCGGGUGCUGUCCAAAGAACGCUCAGCUCAGUCUAAAAUGCUGGAUUUGGAGAGUCAGCUGAGUCUGGCUAAAAAUGAGCUGGGUCAGCUGCGCCGCAGCAAAGAGGAUAUGGAGAAGCGAUUUCAGUGCAAGCUUCAGGACAUGAAGAACCAGUUGGAGCAAGUAAACAGCGCCAACCGCAGCCUGCAGAACUACGUCCACUACCUCAAGGCUUCAUACACCAAUGUGUUUGGAGACUCUGCUUUAACAAGCUCACUAAAUCCCCACAUCUAAACAGACCAAGAAUGAGCCCUUUCUUUAAUGCAGUUAUUCUAAGACUUUAAAUGACCCCAGUGAUUUCUUCUGAUGAUCUUUUAAUAAAAAAAAAAGUGGGAAAAAAAAAAAAAUCUCCAAUGUACAUGUUUCUUU